UGUUGUCCCGGCCCAAGUGCGUGCCACGGUCCGCUCCUGUCAUUAGUGCAUUGUUCUCAUUUGCCCCACGUUUCGGCUGCAUUGUUCCGCCAAGACUCCGAGCUCUUAUCACUUAUCAGUGUGCGAUCCGCAUUCCGCGGCCCCUGUCCCGAUUGUUCCGUUUCUGUUUCGUGGAUUCGCGACAGUGGUUGUUUACGUUACGGUGUUUACCGUCUGUGGGUUUUCGUGUGAACUUCGCGAUCUUGCGACAGUUUGGAUUACUCAACUCGUCUCGUCUCUUGUUUUGCUUCAGAUUUGUUUCACGAAGCACGUGUCAAUAUUUCGAAGAAACUGAAGAGGUCAAAGACGCUUUGGGUACUGCGAUGUGCAACUAGCGACCACUCCAGAACCGCGACUCAAAAUGAGUCCAAGCGACGCCGCAAGCACAUCAGGUGAAAAAGUACCGUAAAUCAUGGCACGACUGAUGCAUAGCCCCGACGGGCAGACCAAGGGGGCAGCAGGGAAGUCCCUGGGGAGCGAGACUCCCCCCGAGAAGGUUGCCCCGCGGUUCAGAGCGGUCAAAGAGUGCCCCAAACGACGACCGAGCUUCAAAACCCGCGGGCUAGCCUCAGCGACCUCUAACGGGGGCCCACGAACCUACCGGGCCACCAAAAUCACCAUAUGCUCGAGCAACGUCGCAGCGCUCGCCUCCAAGUUCAACGCGGUCAUCGUCCAGGAUGACGUCAAAGGCCGGGCUUUCGUCAAGAAGCUCCAGAACCCCCACCGCAAACCCCUCAAAACCACCAAGGGCUCCGUCAAAGCUGCCAUAGAGAUUUUCGAGAACAAAAGCGAGAAAGCCUCGAAGAAGAGCGGCGACCGCCCGAAAAUCGUCUUGAUCCGCAAAAACUCGUCCAUAGCGCGUUUGGCGACCAAGACGACGUCGAAACCCCCCGCUAAAACCGGAAGAUCUGAUGUUGGGGAAGUUACAGCCCCCAAAAAACCAGCCCUGACCAGGAAGGGUUCCAGCAACCGCACCGAAAAACCGGUCUCGCCGGUCCUUCAAAAAACCAGGAAAAACUCGUGUAGCGAUACUAAAGGUUCUCAAUCGUGCGAGGAAAUCAUAAAAAAUGCCAAGAAUAGACUGAGACAAACUUUUAUUCUAGAGGGAGGCUCAGAGGUCCGGACCGAUAGAAGGAUUCGUGAGAUGAAUAAAAAUUCCGUCGACGUCCCGGACGGCGCCGAGAAGAAAUCCUCGACUUUAAGCAGAUUGCCAAAGAACUCCGACCGACUGGAUAUCGGGAAAGAGAAUUAUUUUAGGUACAAAACUUUGAGUUUGCCCAGCAAACCCGACUUGAAACCAAAACCGGACUUGGCGAAAAUUUCCAAGGAGGAAUCCGUCGACAAAGUCAAGGCCGACAGCACGCGAGAGCAAAGUUCGGAAAAGCUCAUUCUCAACGAAAGCAAACGACCGCUCACGACCAAAGACCAGGACGUGAAUGUCGAUGAAAAAUCCAGCGUUCCAAAAUUCAAAAUCCCCCCCAAGACUGAUCGUUUGUAUAAUCUGGACGCGUCCAAAGAAGCGCAGAAGAAUUUCAAACCGAACAAUUCGUUCUUAUGGAGGCAGUGCUCCUACAAGAAGGAAGAGACGAUCAAGGAGGAAAACGAGAUUGUUCUCAGCGUCACCUCCAAGUCCGAAAGUUUAAGUCGAGACGGCUCAACGCGGUCGUGCGAAUCAAGCUCUGGAGUAAGUCGAACCGAAUCGAAUUCGGAACCAAACGAUUCCUCAGAAGUAAAAGAACAGAUCGUUUCGAACAAAUCCUCUUUGCAUUCCUCCCGGAAACUACUCACGCAAACCAGCACAAGUAGCACCAGCUCCGAGGACAAAAAGGAAGAACAGGAACCACUCCUGAAACCUCUCACCGUCCCCGAAAAAACCAACCAGGAGUACCUGAAAACCAAGCUAACCUCAAACAGAUCCGCCUUAUAUUCGUCGAACCUGAUCAAAAAGAACGAGAUCAACAAAGCCAGCUCGGAGUUGACGGUCAACAAAACCGGUCAAAAGUCGAGUAGUCUCUUCGACUUGAACCGGUCCUUGGGAUGGAGUAGUUCGAAAGACUCGGGGAUCGACUCCUCGAACGAGAGUCAAAGAUUCUCGCUGCCCCAAACCGAGUUGACGCGGAUGAACAACUCGGCUCUGGAGAAGACCUACUCGGAGAACCAAAUCCACAACUCCAAAGACUCCGGCAUCGACAGUUCUCUGGAGAGUCAGAGGUUCUCCUUGCCGUUGAUCGAGGACGAAGAAGAGACCGAGAACAGCCUGUACGAGCACGAGAUCCACGAAUCCAAAGGCGGGCUCGAGGGCGACCACACGACCGAGUCCUGUCUCUACGAGGAGAUCGUCUUCCGGAAGGACGACCGCGGCGGGAAAACCCGGACGGACUACUACGACAAGAUCUCCAUCGACAAGCUCAACAUUUUGGCCCUGAACAAGUCCAAAGAGGAGGAGUCGUUCUACGACCAGAUCGACAAGUUCGAUCGGUUGAACCAGGACGAUCACUACACGCUGAUCAGCGACUACGAGUCCAACAUCUACGACGACAUCGUCCACGUCAAGGGGGCCGACGAUGGGGACGCGUCCAACUGCUACGAGUCGAUCCGCGAGGGGACGUUGACCAAGUCGUCGAGCCAGACCUCGGACUCGGAUAGUUCUUGGGAGCAUAAUAAUAGUCUCUACGCUCUUCGGCCGCCCUCGCUGCAUUCUACCUCGUCGCUUUCCCUCAACUCAGGAGGCAGGGGAAGUAGAGCCGGAAAAAGCGAGACGAGCGAUGAAUGGGUGGAUCUGGAGCACUCUGACGAACAGCAAGAAAUCCUUGUGUUGCGGGAGCGGUGCCGGCGGCGACCCAGCGUCACCGGGUGGUCCGUGAGGAUGAGACGAAUUCGGUGCCGCAAGUCCGUUCGCAAACACAAGCACUCCGCCUUCGGGAUCUCGUCCUGCUCAUCGGUGUACUUCUCGGACCGGGAUAGCGGGAUAUGCUCCUGGGAGGACCAGAAUGCGCCUGCCCGCGCGCCCGAGGGCCGCCUUCCGGAAGCGCACAACUACAACAUGGUCCUCGCGCGAUCCGCCUACAGCUGCGACCACAAGUACGAGGCUCAAGAGCUCGCCGUGUACUGCGAAAACGAAGUUGGAGACGAAAAUGGUUCGAUCGAGCAAAACACGUACGUGAAUGUGGAGACCCUCGAGGAGGAUUUCAGCGAAGAGGAUUACGAUGACUCUUUCGACUCGGACUCCUCUUUCGAAAGCGAUCAGAAACUGCCCGAAAAGUUGCCGGAGCCACCGCACGCGACGCAGAACAUCUACGGCCUGGUGAAGCAAGCCGGGAAGCGAAUGCGGAAGCACUGGUCGCUGAGCUCGCUGGGGCUCAACCGAAUCCGGAAGAUGAGCAUCGGCGCGGUGCCGUUCCCGCAGCCCCCGAAGGACCCGUACCCGCCCACCUCGGGCGCCACCACCAACGGGGCAGCCAACGGCAACGGCCUCAACCGCCGUCGCUGGUCCUCCUUCAAGAGCAAGUUCCGCAACCCCACGCACUCUACCUCAACCUUCUAUCUCAACGAUGAGCCCAGCGACGCCACCGCCCCGCCCCUCCCCCUCAGCCUGCCCCCCAGAAGCGAGGAGCUCCCCCUCCCCGCCGAAAGGCCCCCGCCGGACCCUCGUCGCCUCAGCACCGCCAGGCCCAGCUCCCCGCCGCCACCCCCUCCGCCCGUUAGACCGGCAAGAGGCGAAAAGUCUGCUACUAAGCUGCAGAACAAUAAAACUGAGGCCAAUAAUCCAUCUUGGUAUGCAGAAUUGAGUCUUUUUGAUCCGUCAAUGAAGCCUUUCUCUGGAUUUUCUGAAAAUAAUCAGAUUUAUUCAAAUAUAUACUCUGAUUCAAAGCUAUGGGAUUCCUCAAACUCUAACAGCAUUCAUGAUUCCAUGUCUGACCAAGGAUCAAGCCCAGGAUCAGACCUGCACCUGAGAUUCGCAGAUGAGCCUCUGUAUCAGUUUUACACUGCAGAUAUAGCUGAACUAGCCAGGCAAGGCUUGGAUGAUGAUUUUGAUGGUUACGAAGAAAUUGGAACCUUAAGACCGACAGCUCUAGAACUUGCUCAACAUCGCUCACUUUGGUGUGAACUACCUGAAGUUCAGGAUUCAGGAAUUUUAGGAUCCCUAGAACCUGCUCAGAGGAAAUUACAAGAAGCCAGAUUUGAAGUUAUACAGUCAGAGGCAUCUUACUUCAAAUCCUUGACUGUUCUGGACAAGCAUUUUGUUCAGAGUCCACUCCUGAAUGAUGAAGCUGUGCUAACAAAGAAUGAGCGCAGAAUUCUUUUUGGGAAUGUUGCAGCAGUGCGAAAAUGUUCAGAAAAGCUCUUAGCAUCAUUGGAAAACUGCUGGCAAGAAAGUAUUAUGAUGAAUGGGGUUUGUGAUGCUGUAUUGCAUCAUGCGAAUAAAAACUUCAGUAUUUACAUAAAAUAUUGCUCAAAUCAAGUUUACUUAGAUCGUACUUUAAAAAAUUUGAAGGAACGUAAUUCUAGAUUUAAUGAAGCUCUCAGUCAGAUAGAAAGUGAUCCGAUUUGUCAAUCGUUGAGUCUACACUCUUUCCUCAUGUUACCAAUGCAGCGAAUAACGCGCUUACCUCUUCUAAUAGACGCAAUACUAUCUCGAAUAGAAUCAGACGAUGAAGAAUUUCAGACUGUUCAAAUCACCUUAGCAACUUUAAAUAAGAUCGUAGAGGAGUGUAAUGAAGGUGCUCGAAAGUUUGAGCGUUAUGAAGAAAUGUUACUCUUAAGUCGGCAGCUGGAUUUCUCAAGAAAAGACAUGAAAGCCCUCCCUGUCGUAUCCAGUUCACGGUGGCUUGUCCGGUCUGGUCAUAUGAUGCAUAUCAACGUGGAAUCAAAAACUACUUUUAGCCGGAAACUCAAUCGGCAUGUGAAACUUCAUCUGUUCCUUUUCACCGAUCUUCUUGUUAUCACCAAGAAGAAAAGCGAGGAGAAUUAUUCUGUGAUUGAUUACUGCGCUCGAAAUCUGAUCCAGAUGACUGAGUUAAAAGAUCCUCUCGUGCCUUCCUCAAAAUUUUUAAUCAUGCUCACCAUGCUCGAGAACCAUGAAGGCAAGACUAUAGAAAUGGUUCUUGCUUGUGAUAGUGAAUCUUCUCGUCAGCGGUGGCUGGAAGCUCUUUCUAGUCCUCAAUCCUCGAAUCCUGAGGAAACCCUUUACGAACAGUGGGAUUGUCCUCAAGUAGUUGCCACUCAUGAUUAUGCUGCCGAUCAGCCGGAUGAGUUGUCGCUCCAAAGUGGAGACAUUGUCAACGUUUGCCGAAAAACGGCCGAUGGAUGGUACCAUGGCGAAAGAAUUCGUGAUGGGGAGAAAGGAUGGUUCCCAGCAAAUCACACCUCAGAGAUAGUGUCAGCCCACACUCGGGCAAGGAAUUUGAAAGUUCGCUAUCGACUGCUAGCAUUAUCUGGGAAUUAUUUACAAUCCAUGCAACGGAAAAAGACCUAGUAAAACGCCAAAACUUUUUCUUUGUUUUUGUUUCUUUUUUCAAAUGUUUAGUCUACUCUUUUUAAGACAAAAUGAAGAUUAAAUUAUUGUUAUGUUUAAUUUGUGAUACUGUGAUUUAAGUUUUAUAUAAGAAACUUAUAAAAUGUUUAAAUUAUAAACCUUCUGUUCAAGUCAUUUUGUAUUUAAAUUUGAAGUUAUUUUUAUAUGUUCUUUUUGCAGUCUCUAGUAUGGCUUUUGUGGUGAGACAACAAUCAGACUAAGCUACAGGGUGUGUGAUGGUCUCUCUUUCAAACUUGCUUUUCUAUUUCCUUUGAAAAUAUUUUAAAAAGGGGGAAAAAACCCCUCUGAUAAUUUUCAGUUGAUUAAUGAAGGAUCCACUCACAAAAAAACAUGGUUUGUACAGCCUUGAAAAAUUCACUGCUUGAUUUCAAAAGUUUUUUUUUUUUCAAGGCCUUGAAAGUGCUUGGUUUUUUUUAAAACACCUGUAAUGUACUUGGAUUUUUGUGGGAUUAGAAGUUAGCUGAUUAGAUUGAAGAGAAUAUCAAGAACACAUGUUUGUGCCAUAAUGUUCAACUGCAUACAAUGAACUUUUAUAAAGAAGUACCUACCCAGUAAGUAGUAAAAAUUCCACAGAACAAACAAAUCCAUUCCAUAUUUUAUUCAUUCCUUCCGGUAAUAAAAGGAACAUUCAUACCGAAAGUGCGAUUAUUUGGAUUAUGUGUUUCCUGACAGCUUUAAGUCAAUAUAUUACACUUUCAAUUUUUUUAAUUCAUUUUUUUCAUUUUUGCAUCUUGAAUAGCAUUUUAAAUUUCAAGCCUUUUUUAAUAAACACUGUAAUGAAUAGAAAUAAUAAUUGUAAAUUCUUUGUAAAGUAUCAUGUGUCAACUCUAGCAUUCUUUCUUUGAAUUUAAAGAAUAACAGAUGGGUAUUCAUUGUUAA